AUGGGCCCGAUGGCUUAUGCCAGGCACCUCGUCUCCGGCACACGCCUGCCCUUCACUGCUGCCUAUUUUGGAUCGCUCGCGCUGUCCAUGUACUUUUCGCUCGGUCUCCGCAGCACCAUCCUCACCUUGAUCUCGGCUCUCAUCCAGCUCGCCUGCCUGGCAUGGUACCUGGUCAGCUACUUUCCCAUGGGCUCGAGUGGCUUGCGGUUGGCCACCACCUUUGGAGCCAGAAGAGCGGCUGCCUGGAUGACUGGUUGA